UCUGUGAUCCACGCACCUCUCCAUAUUCUACUAUAAAACCAAGAGUAACUAUCCAUGCUCGCCAACAAGCUUGACGGACCGCGUCGAGGACGGUCUUUUGACUCCAUCAAUAAGAGUAACGAAGAGAAGCAACUCAACAAUGAGCUGAACAAAACUACUUUUCAUAAGAAAGACGAGAGCAAAGACAAGACACUUUCCUCCAAGAGGGAACAUGCCGCGAUUGUCUUCUCUCUGAAGAAUGAAGUUGGAGGGCUUGUGAAGGCUUUAAAAUUAUUUCAGGACAACCAGGUAAAUCUUUUGCAUAUUGAGUCCCGCAAGUCCCGACGGCGUAACUCGGAGUUGGAAGUACUAGUGGAUUGUGACAGUGAUCGAGAAACUCUGAAAGACAUUGUUCAGCUGCUGCGCAAACAAACAAGCAUUAUAGCCAUGGACUCACCUGACAAGUUCUGGACGCCUGUAAAUGAUCUUGCUGAAGUGCCUUGGUUCCCUAAGAAGAUCUCAGAUCUGGAUAAGAGUGCCUGUCGUGUUCUAAUGUACGGUUCAGAUUUGGAUGCGGAUCAUCCGGGAUUCAAAGACAACGUUUAUCGGAAGAGAAGGAAAUAUUUUGCUGAUCUUGCCAUGAGUUACAAACAUGGAGAUCCCAUACCACGCGUGGAGUUCACAGAGGAAGAGGUGAAGACGUGGGGUGUAGUGUUUCGGGAGCUCAAUAAGCUGUACCCUACACAUGCCUGUAAAGAGUACCUCCACAACCUGCCUCUGCUCACCCAGUACUGCGGCUACAGAGAGGACAACAUACCACAGCUGGAGGACGUGUCCCACUUCCUGAGAGAGCGAACUGGCUUCACCAUUCGUCCUGUUGCUGGGUACUUGUCACCGAGAGACUUUCUGGCUGGUCUGGCCUUCAGAGUGUUUCACUGUACACAAUAUGUGCGUCACAGCUCAGAUCCUCUCUACACUCCUGAACCGGACACAUGUCAUGAGCUGCUGGGUCAUGUUCCUCUGUUGGCGGAACCAAGUUUUGCACAGUUCUCUCAGGAAUUAGGACUGGCUUCUCUCGGGGCGUCUGAUGAUGCUGUGCAGAAAUUAGCAACUUGCUAUUUCUUCACGGUAGAGUUUGGCCUGUGCAAGCAGGAGGGUUCACUCAGAGCAUACGGUGCUGGACUUCUCUCGUCCAUCAGCGAACUUAAGCACUCUCUCUCAGGCGCUGCUAAAAUCCUUCCCUUUGAGCCCAAGGUCACCUGUAAGCAGGAGUGUCUCAUCACCACCUUUCAAGAUGUUUACUUUGUUUCAGAGAGCUUUGAGGAAGCUAAAUUUAGAAUGCGUGAGUUUGCAAAGACAAUCCAGCGUCCAUUCUCCCUGCGUUAUAACCCGUACACACAGAGCGUAUGUGUGCUGAAGGACAUGCCCAGCAUCAACGAUGUGGUCGAAGAGCUCAGACACGAGCUGGACAUUGUCGGAGACGCUCUCUGUCGUCUCAGCGCACACCCUGGUGUCUGAAACCAAUAUCACUCUCACUCAUAUUAAUAGGCUUUUAUUCUAGCUAUAUCUAAUAUCAGAGCACGUUACUCAACAUUCAGCACUGCCAUAGUAUUAUCUCAUUAUCUGCCUUCUCUGACUGCAGAGGUGAAUCACUCUUAACGUCUCUGUGAGCACCUUUCCUCUGCUACUGAUAAUCUGCCAAAUACCACAAAGCACUUGAAUAUCCAAGCACUGCUUUCAGGAGAGUCUUUAAGUGCUCUUUAAUUACACCAACAAGCUCAGAGUCCUUCACUGCUAUUCAAACACCACCACUGCUAAAACUACAGCCACCACUUUAAUUCAUGACCACUAUAUUCAUGAAGUCUAACUUUCUCUCCACUAUGACUUCAGUUUCUGUAAAUACACAGGAAAAAUAGAAAUGGUUAAUCCUUGUCUGGAGUCUAUCUUCAGAGACAAAGCUCAGGUUUGGAAAACACUCCUACAAACAUUGCAUCUUGAGACUUGAGAUUGAGACAUUUGUGUUAGUCGUAAAAUGAUCAAACUCUUAUCUAAAAUUUAGAUUGCUCUAAAUUCGUAAUUUGAUGUGUACUCUCGACUAGUAUCUUUAAGAAAAUGUACCCCUUUCUUACCAUGAGCUGAAUAAUUUAUUUAUUGGCAUUUGAUAUAAAAUUAUGCCUUAUAACCAAAA